GUUCCUGUAGCAUCAAGGGAGAGAGACACCAUGGCUGCCUCCAGGAUUCUUCUGGUCCUGCUCUCUAUAUCCCUGCUGGCCCUGAACUCAGCUCAAAGGACCAAUGAAAAUGAUGAAAAUUCUCCUCAAGAUCAAGAAGCCCUUGAAGAAGGAGAUGCCAACCAACAAAAUGGUGGUAUACACACAGGGCUAAAUGAAAUAAAGAACCAUUUACAACAUCAACUAAACCAGCAUGAUGAGGAGGGUAUCAAGCCCAAGAGAGGGAAGAAUGGCCAAGGUGGUAACCGAAGGUCUGCUGGUGACAGCUUGGGAGGCCAGGAUCGUCAGAGUGGAAAUCAACGAGGAGGAGGUGGUCAAGGAGGCCAUGGUCACAGUGGCCAGAUAGGCCAGAAAGGAAAAGGUGUAGCCACACUUCUGAGGAUCCCCAGGAACAUAAGAAGAGCUCAAUCUCAGAGUCCUCGACUGUUGAUGGUCGUGAACUGGAUAAAUCGCAAAAGGUACAACUAUCAAAGGGUGUUCAGGAACAUUUACAAUUCUCUGAAAAUCCACAAGGACCACCCCAGAAAGAAGGUCACCAGGAAGACUUCUCUUCUUCUGAGAGACUGCAAGUACAUCAUCCUUCUGCAGGCAACAAAGGAAGAUCUGCUCAUAAUUUCCAUAGAGAACAAGUUCAUAGUCUGCUAA